AUGUCAGCAGCACGAUUCGCUCCUCUCCUCCGGUCCCGGGUGGCUGUACAAACUGCACCUGGCUUCCAGGCAAUUCGCUCCAUUUCAGCGACAGCCCCUUGCAAUAAGGGACCUGUCGAUGCGACAAAAGACACACUGAAGAAAGCCGAUCGGACCGUUUCCGACGCAGCAGUCAAGGGCAUCAAUACAGGCGAAAGCCGCCAACAAGCUCAAGGACGUCGUUGGCGCUGGGGCCAAGCAAGCAAAGGAAAGGGGGGAGAGGUGAAGGGCGAGGCAUCCGAGUAUGCAGGCAAAGCGAAGGGCGAGGCGUCCGAAUACGCAGGCAAGGUGAAGGGUGAGACGGCCGAGUAUGCAGGCAAGGGUAAGGGCAAGGCAGAAGAAGCACUGAACGAAGCUAAGGAAAAGGUAAAGUAG